UCUAGGCACAAAGGACUGAUGGAUUGGUCUGGGAUUGGUUAUCUCGAUCAGUCAAUCAGAGUUACUCGAACUACAGCAAGCGGGAGGACCACACACACCCACACACACGUGCCUGCCAUCACUUCCGGAGUCGUCGGACCUCGUGUUGUUGACAUCUCGAAGCUCAUCUGAAUACUUAGCCCUUUUUUUCCAUAGAUGAAGCCCAGUGUGAUAACUGAAGAUCUGUUGACUCCCGCAGCUCCUGAUGGCUGGUACGUGACGGGUGGAGUCCUCACCAAAACAACAAAUGGAGGAGAUCCGCAAGUGGGAGGAUGAGGAACGGGCCAAGCAGCAGGAGGAGGAGGAGCGGGCCCGACGAGAGGCAGAUCAGAAGCAGCAAAUGGAGGAUAUCCGCAAGCGGGAGGAUGAGGAACGGGCCAAGCAGGAGGAGGAGGAGCGGGCCCGACGAGAGGCAGAUCAGAAGGCGUCAACAGGCUCAGCUGCUGUAAUGCCGGGGCUGGACUAUAUUAGUCCCAGGUCUCCAGAUUCUGCCACAUCUGCACUAUGUUCCCAGUGGCCCAUCAAUCUGAAGCUAACCCACCUGGAGUUGAACAAGGAAACACCUCUUAUUCAAUUUCAGGGCCAUUAUCUGAACAUGUCGCAACUGGACUAUAGGAUCCUGCAGGCAGAGAUACAGAACACACCAAAGACCAAGGCUUCGGUGGGACUUGGAGAGUUUUGCCUGGUUGAAGAUGUGAUGGCAGGGCUGUGGUAUCGAGGGGAGGUACGAAAUGCAAAUGCAGAUACCUUUGAUGUGUUCCUCAUUGACCAAGGCAACGUCAUGAGUGUGGACAUUUCGCAAAUGUAUUCCUGUUCAAAUGAGCUACUUGAUCUUCCCCCAAAGAUAGUCUGUGGCUAUUUUUCCAACGUGCUGCCAUUACACGACUGCUGGGAUUCUGUCAUGGAAAAGUACCUCUUGUCACUGAUUGGAACCCAUGUCACUGGCUACAUUCAUGCCCUCCUUCCCCAUAAAGUGAUGCUUUUUGAGGCCACUGACAUCAACAAAGAGUUGGCUGGACGGGGGUUUUGUAAGCAUCUGGAUGCAGACACAUUCCUCCUCUUAGUUAAGAUGCUUACAGACGUGCCCCUUGAACAGAAUAUGGAACGUGGCCCUGACUUCUACCAAAGGCCAUGGGUACAAAGUGACUUCAAAUCGUUUGGCGGGACAGAUAUGAGUGCUGGAACAUGUGUUCAAUUAAAAGUAACUGCCGCGGUGAACCCUGGCCUUUUCCACUGUCAGGUGAGCAGUGCUGCAUCGGAUUUACAGGCAAUGUCAGAGAGAUUGACUUUAGCGUGCAAUUCUACUCUAAGUGAUCCCAAUCGGACACCAAAGGACAACAUUGGUCUGCUUUGCUCAGUGAAGGGCAAAGAUGGCAAAUGGUACAGAGGCUGUUUGCAGUGCCUUCCUGUAAACUCCAAUGUGAAAGUACUUUUUGUCGACUAUGGAUUCUGUGAAUCAGUCAGAGUUGAGAAUAUUCUCAGACUGCCAGCUAAUUGCUUUUCUUUGCCCAUUAUGGCUUUUCCAUGCACCCUCUCUUCUGUAACUGAACAAGACAAAGACUGCAAACUGAGGCAGCUAUGUCUUCUCAAGAAAGGGAUACUCAAUGGAGUACUCAAUGCUAAGGUCCUCAGUUUGGAUGUGAAACUGAAUACCUACUCAAUCGAAGUACUCAGUAAUGAAGACUGCUUUGUGAAAGAACCAGAGCUGACCCAGGAGCAGUCCUUGCGCUUGUCAGUUCAAGCUGAAGUUCUUAAACCAGGGUCCAAAUCUGUGGGCUAUGUAGUUCAUGUCAUCGAUCCAAACGACUUCUCAUUGAGAACCGAAAAACGCAACGGCGACUUUGAAGACUUGAUGAGUCAAAUGUCAGAGCAUUUCAGUCAAGUAAAGCUCAACGAACAAGUGCUGAAGAAUCCUCAAAUAGGGAAAAUGUGCUGCGCAAUGUAUGAGCGUGACAUGCAUUUUUACCGAGCGGUAGUCAAACAAAAGCUUGACCAUGGAGCUGUUGUACUUUUCAUUGAUUUUGGGAACACAGAGAAUGUUCCAUACAUGCUAAUUAAGAAAAUACCGGAGAAGUUUGCGAGUCAAGCAGCAUUCGCCCUGAGUUGCACUCUGUGUAAUAUCAUGCCCCUGACUGAUGUUUGGACGUCAGCUAACAUUCAGUUUUUCAAACAAACUGUGUUAAACAAAUCCUUGAUGGUCCACGUUGUCCAUCAAAGUAAAUAUCAAAUUGUCGUCGACCUCUUUACCAUGGAAGGCCAAAGUGAUCAAGGCAUUACAGACCUACUGAUCUCUUGUAAGCAGGCUGAACCCUGGAGGUACACACAGUCAGAGUCUGUUAAGCAGGUUACAACAAGUUGGAGGCCCUGCAAACCUAAAGAAUUAUGUACCUGGACACAGCGUCAGGAUGUAGUUCCAAGGGAUGAGAAGACCGUGGUCUCCCAAUUUAAAACUAUGCCAGUGUGUGCACUAACUCUGUUCAAUGGAGAUCUGCACAAUAAUAUCAAAGUCAAUGAGCAUAUUGACAAUCCCUCCCCAAAAACAACCCAAUGCCAACAGCAAGACAUAAGGGUGUUGCCAACAUUAAAUACAACCCACAGCCAACACCAAGACAAAAGAGUGUCGCCAUCAUUAGACACAUCCCACAGCCAACAGCAAGACAAAAGGGUGUUACCAACAUUAAACGCAACCCAAUGCCAACAGCAAGACCAAAGGGUGUCACCAACAUUAAACCCAACCCAAUGCCAACGGCAAGACAAAAGUGUGUCGCCAACAUUAAACCCAACCCAAUGCCAACAGCAAGACAAAAGGGUGUUACCAACAUUAAACACAACCCAAUGCCAACAGCAAGACAAAAGGGUGUUACCAACAUUAAACGCAACCCAAUGCCAACAGCAAGACAAAAGUGUGUCGCCAACAUUAAACCCAACCCAAUGCCAACAGCAAGACAAAAGUGUGUCGCCAACAUUAAACCCAACCCAAUGCCAACAGCAAGACAAAAGGGUGUCGCCAACAUUGAACCCAACCCAAUGCCAACAGCAAGACAAAAGGGUGUCACCAACAUUAAACACAACCCAAUGCCAACAGCAAGACAAAAGUGUGUCGCCAACAUUAAACACAACCCAAUGCCAACAGCUAGACAAAAGGGUGUUGCCUAUUGGGUUGAUAGCUAUGCAAACAAAAACAACAAAAUUGAGGCCCUGCAAACCUGAAGAAUUAUGUACUUGGACACAGCGUCAGGAUGUCGUUCCAAGGGAUGAGAAGACCGUGGUCUCCCAAAUGAAAAAUAUGCCAGUGUGUGCACUAACUCAAAAUAUAACUCCAAAACCUCAAGUACCUUCUGCAUUCCCUGUCUCUUUUUCCUAUUCAUCAUUCAACUUGGGCUGUGGGAAUAAGGAGCAUGUCUAUAUCACACAUAUAAGCGACGAAUGGGAAAUCUAUUGCCAACUUGACAAGAACAGUGAAAUCAUUGAAGAACUUGAAACCAAAAUCUCAGAGGAGGAGGAGAAAUUACAUGGGGCAGAUGCCACAGCCCCAGUAGAUGGUAUGUGCCUGGCAAAAUACAUCGAUGGAAGAUGGUACAGGGGACUGGCAAAUCCCGUCCAGUCCUCUUUGUAUCUUAAUGUGUUCUUUGUGGAUUAUGGCAACACAAGCAUUGUAGAGAAGAUCAACGUCUUGUCGAUUCCUAACCAUUCAGCUGAACUGCUGUACACUCCCAUGCAGGCAGUGAAAUGUACCCUUGCUGGGGUACCCAAAUCAGAGCCCUUGGCCUGGGUGACACAGUGGCUAAAGAAAACUCUUCUCAAUGAGCUAGUGAGAGCUGUUGUAGUUGGAAAGCUUAAGGAUGGUUCAUUGACUGUUGAGCUGUUCAAUGGAGAUCUCCACAUUAAUAACAAAGUCAAUGAGCAUAUUGACAAUCCCUCCCCAAAAACAACCCACGGCCAACACCAAGACAAAAGAGUGUCGCCAGCAUUAGACGCAUCCCACAGCCAACACCAAGACAAAAGGGUGUCGCCACCAUUAAACACAACCCACAGCCAACAGCAAGACAAAAGGGGGUCGCCAACAUUAAACACAACCUACAGCAAACCCAGAGAAAAAAAGGUGUCGCCUACAAUAAACGCAACCAAAGCAACCCAGAUCCCUAAAAUGCCUACACUCUCCAGUUUUCCCGAAACAAGACUUAAACCAGGUCAACAGGCUUUACGUUAUGUCUCACACAUUAACACUGUCAGUGACUAUUUCCUUCAACUUCAAGAUGAAAAAACGAAUCUUCUGAAUAUGAGGGAGGUUCUCAACUCAAGUGUGAGCAGAGCGUCCCUGAUAAAGAGCACACGAAGGGAGUUGGAAAUGAAAAACAAUGUUCUGGCAGAGUAUGAUGAUGACAGGGCUUUGUAUCGAGCGGUCAUAAAGGGCUCUGAGCAACACGGCUUCAAAGUUGAAAUAACGACAAACUUCAAAGACGAACAAGCCAGACUAGGAAGCAGGCAACUCUACUUUGCCCCCACCAAUAUGGGCCAGGUGUAUUAUGGCUUUGCUGCAGCAGUGAUCUCCCCCUUUGACUUCUACAUAGUCCGCGAGGACUCCCUUCUCAUUAUGAAUGAAGUCUCUGCCAUGCUCGACGAGCUCCCCGAUGAGAUGCCGCCGCUUCCUGAAGCCCACCGUGUCCCUGGCUCAUGCUGCCUAGUGUAUUCAAACACAAAGGGCAGAUGGUGCAGGGCGGAGGUUGUACAUGCUGAAACAACAGUAGUGAUCAACCUUGUAGAUUACGGCCACUACAUACACCUGGCCAGCUACCAAGUCAAGGUUCUUCCGGAAGCACUUAAGAGACCGCCGAAGGUGACCUACCCGUGCUCAUUGAGGGGAGUGAGCCCAGUCUCAGAUACAGGGCAGUGGACGGAUAAGGCAGCAGUGUUCUUUCAGGAGCGUGUGUGCCACAAGGACCUCCAGAUAGUCUUCCGGGAGUUUGUUUCAGAUGACCGACAAUGGCAGGUGGACAUCCUUGUCGACGGCAUACAUCUGGCCAAGGAACUGGUGAAGGCCGGACAUUCCAGCUACAGUGACCCUCUUCUUGGACUGAGGUACGAGACAGAACGCCUGGGGAGCGUUUCUCCUCCGAGGGCAUCCCGUAUGGAGGACAUUGGGCAUGAGGUCCAUGGACACAAUUUAUCCCUUCCUGUCCUGGGAAUUUAUUAUUCUUUUUUUCUCUGUUCGAAUGUAUGCUCAAGGCUGGUACAAAAUGUCAACCAGUCAGGAUUUUCACCCUGAACUUACUUUUUCCAUUGACACUGUAUUAUACAAGCACUGUGAACACUAUAGUGCGCGCUUGAUUAUGUUAAUUGAACAAGAAAAUACCAAACAUGCAUGUUUCUACAGUCUGACAACAGUUCAAUGUUGCCGUAAAAUUAGGGUUUGUUUUAUGUUUGUUCAAGUUAUUUAUCUGCACCUCAAAAAUAUAUAGUUUGAAAAUGAAAAGAAUCAUUGUAGACUGUUCAAAUGUAUGAACCAGUCAGGAUUUCACCCUGAACUUACUUUUUCCAUUGACACUGUAUUAUACAAGCACUGUGAACACUAUAGUGCGCGCUUGAUUAUGUUAAUUGAACAAGAAAAUACCAAACAUGCAUGUUUCUACAGUCUGACAACAAUUCAAUGUUGCCGUAAAAUUAGGGUUUGUUUUAUGUUUGUUCAAGUUAUUUUUCUGCACCUCAAAAAUAUAUAGUUUAAAAAUUAGAAGAAUCUUUGUAGACUGUUGAAAUGUAUGUAUUUUUAUGAUGCUUGGUUAGACAAUUUGUUUAGAUGUUAUUGAAGUGGCCUGAUGAGUACGUUCAAGUCUGACCUAUUCUUUAAGAGGAACAUUAAACCCCUCUUAACUACUGUUCCAAGUGUUUUUGUUUACAAUCUCAAAGUUGCUUCUACGUUCUCCCAGGGCUAAGACAUCAAUUAUAUCAAGAAUCAUGAGAUGUGAAUUGUAGUUGACCCCAAAA